AUAAUCGAAACAAAAUUUCAACUUUAACGCUACGUCGUCAUUGAUUUUGGGAAUUUUCUCCUCCAACUACAAAUGCAGCCUCUUUUCAACUCGCAUAUAUAUAUAAGAGAAUCUUGAUCAAGAAAUCAGAUAAUUUCCUUGAACCCACUUUCUAAAGUCCUCUUCUUGGAAACUCAACUCCGAAGCCGCCAUGGAUGGUGGAGUAGCAGCCGCAGCAGUUGACGUGGGUGGCGCAAGGAAGAGAGAAAGACCAUUCAAAGGGAUAAGGAUGAGGAAAUGGGGUAAAUGGGUUGCGGAGAUUCGUGAACCAAACAAGCGCUCAAGGCUCUGGCUAGGCUCUUACUCUACUCCUGAAGCGGCUGCGCGUGCGUACGACACGGCGGUUUUUUACCUCAGGGGACCAACCGCUACGCUCAACUUCCCCGAGCUUAUACCGUGUAUCGAAAAUUCCGCAGCAGAGGACAUGUCGGCCGCAACGAUCAGGAAAAAGGCGACGGAGGUCGGAGCUCAGGUGGAUGCUAUUGGGACGACGGUGGUACAUAACAACAAACGCCGCCGCGUUUUUAGUCAGAAGCGAGACUUUGGCGGCGGGUUACUAAAGCUUGUUGACUUGAACAAGCUACCCGACCCGGAAUAUCAAGAUGACAAUUUGGUGACAAAAUAAAGUUCUUAUUACAUCUUACAGUUACAACCGUGACCGUGACUGUUGCUAUCGUACGUGGGGCUUGUGUUAUAUGAAACGUGAUUACGGAAAGAUUCCUCUGUUUCGUCAUUGUAUUGAAACUCAAUUUCAACCCGCAAGACAAAACUCUGUGACUGUACAUAUUAUUCUGAGUAGCUAGUUAAUUAUGAGAUUCUUGUUAAUAUCUAUCAAUUGUUUGGUAAACACCAAAAUUAUUAUUGUAACGACUGUGUAAUACUUCGAUUAUAAUCACAUCAAGCUAGUAAAAAAAGUUUGAUAUUUUGUGAAGAAAA